AUGUCACUUGAAGACGGUAGCACCCCAUCGGCGACUCAGAAAGUCUUAGAAGGUUUGGAAACACCGAUCUUCGCGACAGACUUUAUAUGCUCAGCCAUACAGAAGAAUGGUAUGGACCGUUUGGAGUUUUUGGCUUCCAUGAGCGAGAACGGUUGGGAGAGACUGCUUUCGGCCCAUCACCAGGAGACCCAGGUGGUCGCCGCUAGCAACCCCUCGUCGCCAGCGAACCCCGGUACUGCAGCAUCUUCCACGGAUCCCGGGACCGAUGCCACUCAAAGUUCUACAGCAACUGCCUCACAGCGGACACUCACUAACAACAACGGCACGAGCGUGACCCAGGUUCAGUUCGUGAUGAUCAUCGCCUGUGCUAAGGCCGCUUCAGCUGAAGCCAGAAGGCUUUUGGAACGUGGCCAGAGAGAACUAGAUGCCGCGACUUCGUCAUCGUCGGGCCCUCAAGUCAACAUCGACAAGCUUAUCAAGAACCUAACGGAGAAACUCGGUGUGGUUCCACCUAAUAUAGUACCGGACGAGAAGGUCAUGAAGCUACUCUCGAAGUCUAGCAGUGCGUAUGUAGACUUCAAGCUUCUCAACGUCUCUAACUCUAACUCAAAUGCAAGGAAAAGAUUGAGAACCACUACAACGGGGCUGGUUGUCGAGGUAUACGAAAAACCUGAGGAUUCCCGCUCUGGCGAUAAUGGUCUCGUUCUCGACAUUAUGGGGGCUUGGACAGCGCAGUUUGGUAGAUAUGUCGCGGGC